AGUUUAAACCUAACUUAACCACCUACUACUUCAGCUAAAGCUUAAAAGAAGCUAAACUAGCUAAGCUAAGCUAAGCUGGCCGGAGAUGUCCAGACCGGACCAAGUGGCGAAGGCCGAAUAAAUCUGGAGCAGCGCCACCAAGAAUCGCCGAGAUCCCUUCCCUCCCCCGGACUCCACUCUACACCCUUCACGCGCGCGAGCACGCACGCAGUUGGUGCAUCCUUUCCCUCGUCUCCAUCUCCAUAUCAGCCUUCCCCUUCACCCCAAAGGCACCUGCCACUGGCAGCAGGCGGCUUCAAGAACCAAAGAAUCUUGACACACAGAGAUAGAGAGAGAGGAAAUUAAAGGUAAUAUUAGUAGUAGUGAGUAGUGACUUGAUCUUGACAAAAGUUAGAGGAGCAGCAGGAGGAGCAGGAGGGUGGAGGGACCAUAUUUCUGGUUCUUGGAGUGUGAUCAUGAGGUCUCCGAGAUCGGGGAGACAGGAUCCAUAGGUGAGGGCGUGUGAAUUGGAGACUGAUUAGAGAGCUAGGCGAGCGAGGAGGAAGAAGAGAUCAGGUGAAGAUGAGCUUCAACAAGAGCAGGGGGGGAGCAGCGGUGCUCGGCGGAGGGGACGAGCUGGUGCUCCGUGGCACCAUCUCCAAGAAAUGGACCCUCCUCCUCUGCCUCGCCAGCUUCUGCAUCGGCCUCAUCUUCACCAACAGGAUGUGGACAAUGCCAGAACCAAAAGAGAUCAUCAGGAGAUCGGCUCUAGAAGUGAACAAGAUGAACCUGUUGUCUGGUGACUGUGCUCCGAAAAGUGUUAUGGAGCAAAAAGAUAUAAUUGGAGAGGUCCCAAGAACUCAGGAUGCUAUACAGGCAUUGGACAAAACAAUAUCAAACUUAGAAAUGGAGUUAGCAUCAGCAAAGGCGUCACAGGAGGAGUCUGAGCUCAAUGGAGCGCCGCUAUCAGAAUCUACGGGGAAACGGAGAUACUUCAUGGUCAUUGGCAUCAACACCGCAUUCAGCAGCCGGAAACGAAGAGAUUCACUUCGUGCUACGUGGAUGCCUCAAGGUGAAAAAAGAAGGAAGCUUGAGGAAGAAAAGGGAAUUAUCAUCCGAUUCGUCAUUGGUCAUAGCGCAACAUCUGGUGGCAUACUCGAUAGAGCUAUAGACGCAGAAGAUAGGAAACAUGGUGACUUCAUGAGAUUGGAUCAUGUUGAAGGGUAUCUGGAAUUGGCUGCAAAGACGAAAUCGUUCUUUGUGACAGCCUUGUCCAUGUGGGAUGCAGAGUACUACAUUAAAGUGGAUGAUGAUGUACAUGUAAAUAUAGCAACUCUUGGUAACAUAUUGGCUAAGCAUCGGUCGAAGCCUCGAGCUUACAUUGGUUGCAUGAAAUCUGGUCCAGUCCUGGCUCAGAAGGGUGUAAGAUACCAUGAGCCCGAGUACUGGAAAUUCGGCGAAUGGGGGAACAAGUACUUCCGUCAUGCAACCGGCCAGUUAUAUGCAAUCUCCAAGGAUCUAGCUUCUUAUAUAUCAAUCAACCAGCAUGUUCUCCACAAAUAUGCUAAUGAGGAUGUAUCAUUAGGAGCAUGGUUCAUAGGUCUAGACGUCGAACACGUCGAUGAUCGCAGGCUUUGCUGCGGUACACAACCAGAUUGCGAAUGGAAGGCGCAGGCAGGCAACGUGUGCGCCGCGUCGUUCGACUGGAGCUGCAGCGGCAUCUGCAAAUCGGCGGAUCGGAUGAAGGAGGUCCAUCAACGAUGUGGGGAGAACGACAGCGCCAUCUGGAGUGCAAAGUUCUGAACUGAAGGAACAUAAUGCCCAACAACAACUUUGCACUCUUGAACACAAGCAGCACAUAUAUAUAUAGAUACAAGAUACAACUCGUGAUUCAACAGUGUGAGUAACCAAUCAUCUGAGCAGAGGAAUCCCUGAAGAUGAUGAACGGAAAGAACAGUCGAUUGAUGGCAGUUUCAGAGAUCAUGGGAUGAGUGUACACUCAAGUGUACAAGCAUGGCCGACAGGAUGGGUUCUUCUGCUGCUUUUUUUUUCUUGUUUCUUUUUUUUUUCUUUUGGUGGUUUUCAGUAGGUAUUGUAUUGUUUUAGGGGAUCUUUUCUGUUUUGUGGUCGAAAAGAUCCCUGGAAAUUACCCAUAAAGAUGGAGAAGGUGAGGAGGGAAAGAGUGAAAGGAGAGGGAGAUCGAGAGGGGUCUCCCCCCACCAUUCUUGGAAAGAUGUUCAUCACCGUUUCUGAUUAAUUUUCUCUGGAAUAACAUAAUAAGAAGCUCAUCUUCUCUUA